AUGGCCUCCGACUUUGAGUUCACCGACAAAACACAACUGACUUUGCAGGCUGCCAUCCAGCUUGCGAAGGACAACUACCACUCACAAGUAUACCCGGCCCAUAUAGCCUUUGUGCUUCUCAAUGAGGGAGCAGGCGAUACCAACGCCCCAGGAGGCGUCACCCAUUCCCAAACCCCUCUCUUUGCAUCUGUCAUCCAAAAGGCCGGCGGCGACCCAAUCGUGGUCAAGCGCGCCAUCCAGAAGCUCAUCGUCCGCCUGCCCGCGCAGUCGCCCCCGCCCGAUGAAGUCACCCUCUCCCCCGACGCGCUGCGCGCCAUCCGCGAAGCCCACGCGCUCCAAAAGACAAUGCACGACUCGUACAUCGCGCAGGACCACAUCCUCUUGGCACUCAUCAAGAUGCCAUUCCUCGCGCCGAUCUUGAAGGAGGCGAGCCUCACCGAGGCGCAGCUCAAGACCGCCAUCGACCAGAUCAGGGGCAAUAGGAGAGUCGAGAGCCGCACGGCGGAGCAGGGCUUCGACGCGCUCAGCAAGUACGCUGUCGAUCUCACCGCCCUCGCGGAGGAAGGCAAGAUCGACCCGGUCAUCGGCAGAGACAACGAGAUCCGGCGCGUCAUCCGUAUCCUGUGUCGAAGGACCAAGAACAAUCCCGUCCUCAUCGGCGAGCCCGGCGUCGGCAAAACCGCCAUCGCAGAGGGCCUCGCGCAGCGCAUCGUCAACCGCGACGUCCCGGCCUCGCUCAUCGCGCGCCUCUACUCGCUCGACAUGGGCGCGCUCAUGGCCGGCGCGAAGUACAAGGGCGAGUACGAGGAGCGCAUCAAGUCCGUCCUGAACGAGGUCGAGAAGGCCGCGGAGGACGGCGGGCCCGGCGUCAUCCUCUUCAUCGACGAGCUCCACCUCAUCAUGGCCGGCAAGGGCGCCGAGGGCGGAGGCAUGGACGCCGCGAACCUGUUCAAGCCCCUGCUCGCGCGCGGCAAGCUGCGCUGCAUUGGCGCGACGACGCUCGCGGAGUACAGGAAGUACGUGGAGACCGACGCCGCGCUCGAGCGCCGCUUCGCGCAGGUCGUCGUCAACGAGCCGUCCGUCGCGGAGACGAUCAGCAUCCUUCGGGGCAUACGCGAGAAAUAUGAGGUGCACCACGGCGUGCAGAUCCUGGACGGCGCAUUGAUCCAAGCGGCGACGCUGGCCCAUCGGUAUCUCACCUCGAGGCGGCUGCCCGACGCCGCCAUCGACUUGGUAGACGAGGCUUGUGCCAGUGUGCGCGUCACGCGCGAGACCGCCCCCGAGGCCAUCGACAAGCUCCAGCGGCGCAAGCUCGAGCUCGAAAUCGAGAUACACGCGCUGGAGCGCGAGAAGGACGUCGCCUCCAAGGAACGGCUGGAGGCCGCGCACAGGGCCAUCGCACAGGUCGACGACGAGCUCAUUCCGAUGAUCGCUGCCCACGAGAACGAAAAGAUGCGCGGUGACGAGGUGAACCAGCUCCGCAAGAAGAUCGACGAGCUCAAGGCAAAGGCGGAGGACGCUGAAAGAAGAUAUGACCUCGGAACUGCCUCUGACCUGCGCUACUAUGCACUGCCUGACCUGCAGAGUCGUCUCGAGAAGCUCAUCUCGAAGAGAACCGAGGAAGACCUCGCUGCCGGCGGCGGUAAGGACAGCGUCACCCCUGAGCAGAUCGCUGAGAUCGUUGCUCGCUGGACGUCCAUCCCCGUGACGAGGCUCAUGUCGACGGAGAAGGAGAAGCUGUUGCGCAUGGAGAAGAUCCUCGCACAGAGCGUCGUCGGACAGCCCGAGGCUGUGAGAGCCGUUGCCAACGCCAUCCGACUCUCUCGCAGCGGCCUUGGGAAUGCCCAGCGGCCCAUCGCCAGCUUCCUGAUGGCAGGCCCCUCUGGGACGGGAAAGACGUUGCUCAGCAAAACGCUCGCUACUCUUCUAUUCGAUUCCCCAGACGCGAUGAUCCGCAUCGAUGGUUCCGAGUACUCUGAGAAGCAUUCGAUCGCGCGUCUCAUCGGUGCCCCACCAGGGUACGUUGGCCACGACCAGGGCGGUCAACUGACCGAGUACGUGCGCCGCAAGCCGUACUCGAUCGUCCUCAUCGACGAGAUUGAGAAAGCCUCGCGGGAGUUCGUCACCCUGUUCCUGCAGGUCCUCGACGACGGGCGGCUCACCGACGGUCAAGGCCGCGUCGUCGACUUCCGCAACACGGUGAUCGUGAUGACGAGCAACCUCGGGGCGGUGUACCUGAACGACAUGGGCGAGGGCCCGGUGAGGAAGGAGACGCGGGAGCUCGUCAUGUCUGCCAUCCAGUCGCAUUUCCCGCCCGAGUUCAUCAACCGAAUCGACGACAUUGUUAUCUUCCGCACACUCUCACGGAAGAACGUCAUGAGGAUCAUCGACCUGCGUCUGGCGGAGGUGCAGCAGCGCCUCGCGGACCGCAAAAUGUCGCUCGCCAUCGACGACGAAGCGAAGAACUACCUCGUCUCGAUCGGAUACUCCACCACUUACGGCGCGCGGCCGCUCAACCGCGCCAUCCAAACCGAGCUACUGAACCCCCUGUCAGUCAUGCUCCUCGCGGACCGCGUGCGCGAUGGGGAAGUGGUGCGCGUCGGGUUCGACGGGCCCCGGAACCGCCUGCACAUUCACCCUAAUCACGAGGGCAACGACGCGGACGCGAUGGAUCUAGACUAUGACGACGGCGACGGCGACAUUGAGAUCGAGGAGAUGGACUAA